GGGGGAGCAGGCAGGUUCGACUCGCCCUCCCGGAACUCUCUGCAGCCGCAGCGGCUCUAAUCAUUUUAACACAGGGGUUCGGUCCAACAUGGCGGCGCACGGAUGGAAAUACUGAUGACAGUCCGAAAGAUCGCCUCGAUUUGUACGAUGGGCGCCAAUGCCUCUGCCUUGGAAAAGGAGAUCGGACCAGAACAGUUUCCUGUUAAUGAACACUACUUUGGAUUAGUCAAUUUUGGAAACACCUGCUAUUGUAACUCUGUGCUUCAGGCUCUAUAUUUCUGCCGACCGUUCAGAGAGAAGGUCCUGGCUUAUAAGGUGCAGCCUCGGCGGAAGGAGUCCCUCCUCACCUGCCUGGCGGACCUCUUCAACAGCAUCGCCACCCAGAAGAAGAAAGUCGGCGUCAUCCCUCCCAAGAAAUUUAUUUCCCGGCUAAGGAAGGAAAACGAGUUGUUCGACAACUACAUGCAGCAGGACGCCCACGAGUUCCUCAACUACCUCCUCAACACUAUCGCAGACCUCCUCCAGGAGGAGAAGGGCCAGGAGCGUCAGCAGAACGGAAAACUGGUGCAGAACGGGAGCGGAGGAGGAACAGGAGGAGGAGAGGGAGGAGAAAGCGAGGGUGGAAAGGAGACGCAGCAGACUUGGGUCCAUGAGAUCUUCCAGGGAACGCUGACCAACGAGACGCGCUGCCUCAACUGCGAAGCCGUGAGCAGUAAAGACGAAGACUUCCUGGAUCUAUCGGUGGACGUGGAGCAGAACACUUCAAUCACGCACUGUCUCAGGGGCUUCAGCAACACAGAGACGUUAUGCAGCGAGUAUAAAUACUACUGUGAGCAAUGCCGCAGCAAGCAGGAAGCCCAGAAAAGAAUGAGGGUAAAAAAGCUGCCGAUGAUCCUCGCCCUCCACCUAAAGAGAUUCAAGUACAUGGACCAGCUGCACCGCUACACCAAGCUGUCCUAUCGGGUCGUCUUCCCUCUGGAGCUUCGGCUUUUCAAUACGUCUGGGGACGCCACCAACCCCGACCGGAUGUACGACCUGGUCGCCGUGGUGGUACACUGUGGCAGCGGUCCCAACCGUGGACACUACAUCACUAUCGUCAAGAGCCACGGCUUCUGGCUGCUUUUUGAUGACGACAUUGUGGAGAAAAUCGACGCACAGGCGAUAGAGGAGUUCUACGGCCUGACGUCCGACAUCUCCAAGAACUCUGAGUCGGGUUACAUCCUGUUCUACCAGUCCAGAGACUGAAAAAAAAAAAAAAAAAUCCCCCCGGCAGACUGUCCAUCUGGCAGGACAGCCGCCGGCUGCCUCCAGUACGCUCCCACAAGUAUCCGGGCUUUAUUCCCUGCAGGCGGAGGUUUCGACGCGGAACGCCGCUGGGGGAAACUGGUCGAGGCGCAUGCGGGUUGCAGGCGCAGCCUCCAGGAUUUCGAAUCCUUUCAAGACCACACUGCAACAAGCACCUUAAGAGACAAAGAAACCCUCGCUCCGACACUCGCUUUGCACUGUGGCACCAGGACGGGUGAGGGGACUGUCCUGCUUCUCCUCGAGGCUGACGCCAUCAUGUUUCAUUAAAGGCUACAGAAGAAACUCGCUACAUUAGUGUCCCCACAGGGGUGGAAAAGCUCCGAAAAUACAAGCAGCAGCCGGGAGCACCGUUAGAAGUCCGGCAAGUCGCCUCAGACCCUCUGAGAUCAAAUGUAGGGUUAGAGAAUGAAUGUGUGAGUUGAGCACUGCGUUAAGAAGUAGUUUGCAAUGUUUAUAAAAAGGAUUUGGUGCUAGCAGCAAAGCAGUAUUGAAGUCAGAUGAUGAGAGGCAGCCACUGGAAGGGUGGGAAUACAUCUCUAAAAAAAGAGCACAGCUCCUUAUUUAUCUUAAAAGAACAAAAACAAAAAAAACAAUGAACUUUAUUUUAAAACGAUCAAUGAACAAGUGAAGUAAACUGACCAAAAAAAUUUGAUUUGCAGUAUCUAUAAUUUAAUUUUUUCAGUGUUUUCUUGGUUUCCUGUUUGGUUGUUUUUCUGCUCCUGCUUUUAGGAGCACAGAACAAGUUAUUUUUUAUUAAGCUACAGUUUUUGGUUUAGAUAAUCCAGACUAGUAAUGAGUCUUGGUGUGACAACUGAAAAAAAAGAGAAAGGAAUGAGGUGAUGUGCCAUUUGGCAGCAAGUUUGGUGUCAUUGUGGAGGAAAAUCUAAGAAAAGAAAAAACACCUUUUUUUCCAGCUCCUGAGAUUUAAGUUGAAUCCAGUAGGCGUUUUUAAAUCUAAAGUGACUGACAGACCUUUUCUCCUUCUGACCUCCAGACUGUCGCACUACAAGGAUUUU